AUGGUGGAUCUUGACAGGACACCCAGCCCAGAGUUCUCUCCCUGGGCCAUGGGAGAGGACUUUGCGCCCUUGCCCGAGUACAAGGUCGCCACUGAUACAGUCCUCGAUUUUGGCGGCCUGCUCCCCGCGCCGUUGAAGCUACAUGAAGAUCUAUCCUCAGGAUGUGGCGGCCAACUCUGGCCGGCCGGCAUGGUGCUUGCCAAGCACUUGCUCCGAUACCACCAGAAGGACCUGCAAGAGGCAAGGAUACUCGAGCUCGGUGCGGGUGGCGGUCUCGUAGGCCUGUCGGUAGCCCUGGGGUCCAAACUCCAGAAUCCCUUGUACAUCACCGAUCAGGAGGAGAUGUUCGCUCUCAUGGGCCACAACAUCGAACUAAACAACCUGCAGGGCCGGGUCGAGGCCAGACUGCUCAACUGGGGUGAACCAUUGUCGCAGGAGAUUGUGGACUUCAAACCGGAUGUCAUCUUGGCUGCUGACUGCGUCUACUUUGAACCUGCCUUUCCACUACUGCUUGCCACGUUGACAGAGUUGUUGACGCUGUGCCCAUCGACUACCAUCUACUUUUGUUUCAAGAAGAGGCGUCGAGCCGACAUGCAGUUCUUGAAGAAGGCACAGAAGACCUUUCAUGUUGUGGAGGUUGAGGAUGAGGACAGGCCCAUCUUCAGUCGUCAAGGCCUUUUCCUUUACACCUUCACCAAGAAGCAAUAA